GAUAGAGGAAACCCUGUGCUGUGUGGGCCGCCAUCUUGGACAGGCAGUCUCCCUCCUCCAGCCCAGAGGAAGCUGCAGAUCCGUUCGGAAAAGCUCACGGCGUGAAAUCAACACCACAGCCCCUGAGCCACAAUGGCCACUGCACCGUACAACUACUCAUACAUUUUUAAAUACAUCAUCAUCGGGGAUAUGGGGGUCGGGAAGUCAUGUUUGCUUCACCAGUUUACAGAAAAGAAAUUCAUGGCGGACUGCCCCCACACAAUCGGCGUGGAGUUUGGUACAAGGAUUAUCGAAGUGAGCGGGCAGAAGAUCAAGCUGCAGAUCUGGGACACGGCAGGGCAGGAGCGCUUCAGAGCUGUGACGCGCAGCUACUAUCGGGGGGCCGCUGGAGCGCUCAUGGUGUACGACAUCACCAGGAGAAGCACGUAUAACCAUCUCAGUAGCUGGCUUACUGAUGCCAGGAACCUCACCAACCCCAAUACUGUGAUCAUUCUCAUAGGUAACAAAGCCGACCUGGAAGCACAGCGGGAUGUGACGUAUGAAGAAGCCAAGCAGUUUGCUGAGGAAAACGGUCUGCUCUUUCUGGAAGCCAGUGCAAAAACAGGUGAGAAUGUAGAGGAUGCUUUCCUGGAGGCAGCAAAAAAGAUUUACCAGAACAUUCAGGACGGCAGCCUGGACCUGAACGCAGCCGAAUCAGGGGUCCAGCACAAGCCCUCUGCUCCUCAGGGCGGCCGGCUAACCAGCGAAGCACAGCCUCAGAGAGAAGGAUGCGGCUGCUAAUGACCAACACUACCUACUCGACCUUCUCACCCCCCCACCUCUCCUCUCCUCUCCUCUCCAUCGCUCCACCCGGCCUCGUCCUUUCCCGACCUGCAGGGGGGCGUGAACAAGGACGACGACGAACGGAGGCAACUACACACAGGCACGACUGUUUGUCUGUGAUUCUCCCCUCUCUUGAUCACUUUCACUCUCACUCAGUUACGUUCUGUUUCUUCCAUCAUGCUCUACCUGAGUAUCGGCCGAUUAUCUGAUACUGGUCAGACGUAUGAGAAGCAUCGAAGGCAUGAUGACUGCACGAUGUUCAAUUAACAUUCUGUUGUUAGUCAACACCGAGAAUGUUCAUAAAACGUCAGUCAAAACAGAAAAUCUGUGACUUCUGAGACAGUAUUGCCCAUAAUACCGAUACUCAGGAUCAGGUGGUACGUCCAUACUAGCUGCAAAAUCCCGUCAGAUUAACAGUGUAUAUUUUAUGUGUGUGUUAAUUCCUGGGGAUGUUGGAGAGUCUUAAGUCUCUCUCGCUCAAAAAAAAAAAGACGACACUUUAUGAAAAGGCACUUCCCUUUUCCCAAUAUUUCCUCCCCACCAUCUCUUUGUGCUGGGCGUCAGUUUUCCCUUCUCAAACCAUGUCCAUUAGAACUAGAACCAGCAUUUGAUUUGUUGCCUUAUUGUCUCAUGAUUCAUGUUAAUGAUAUAACCACCUAAUCUUAUUCUGUUCUCCGUCAGAAUUAAACAUGCGGUUUUACACAUUUUUAUUUUAUUAUCGAUCUCAGUGCGACAGGAAAAAGUUCCAUUCGUAAAAUGCCGUGUGGUAGACGCGCUUGUCCUGGCUGUAAAUUUGACCCGCCGCUGUCUUAUAGGCUUGUAUAGAAACAUCACAGAUCACAAAAAGUGUCUAUCUACUGCGGCGUUAGAGGGGAAGAGUUCAGCGUCGGUUUCAUGCAUUGUACCAUAUAAAACACUUACUCUGCAGCUGUAUAUAUGGCUAACUAUGUUGGGGCAGGGUAUAUAGCAGCACUCUUUCCAUUGUACAGCAGAUACGCGAGUCACUGGUAACCCUCGACUAGGAAAUUCUUUAACGUUUUCUAUGACUAAACGUGUGGACACGCUCUCGCUUUGCUCACAGGGUGAUCAGGUAAAAUCCCACUACGCACCUCCUCUCGGCUUCCGCGUGGCGAAAUUCGGCUCCUCGGCGGAAGUUCUUCAGAGAGGGCGGAGCGCCGCUUAAAGCCGUGACUCGAGCGGCUUCGUUUAUAGAGGAGGCAUACGUGUCGAGGGAAGUUCUUCGUGCUCUGUCCGUCUCUUCAGUGUCUCAAUAACCACUGGUGGCUGCGUCCACAUCAGUUUAAAAAUGUAUAAACUUUAUACAUACGAGUACAUUUUGAAGGAGCUGCGCUAACAUUAAAAUGCAUUCUCGCGUGUACAUGAUUAAAAUGUUGAUAUUUUGAUUUUAAUGAUAAUAAAAUAUUCUAAACAGAAAA